AUUUUGUUGGUUAUAAUGUACAUUCUUUAAUCCAUCUUGCUCAAGAUGGACAACAGGUUGGCAAUGCUCUUGCUGAUGGUUUUGGGCCUUGCCCAUGAUGUUGCCAGCUCCAACCACCCUUCUCCACCAACGGCACAUGCAACUAACAUCAGCAGUAACGGCACCGGAAGGAUUUUUCCGCUUCUUCAUCUUGACUAUGGAAAGGUUCAGAUUUCAUUUGAGGUUGCAUUGUGGAUCCUGCUUGCUUCUCUUAUGAAAUUAGGGUUCCAGCGGCUUCCACAUUUAUCUACCCAUGUGCCUGAUAGGUGCCUUUUUAUUGUGGUGGGCUUGAUGUUCGGGGGACUCUUUAGGGCCGGUGGACAGGAAGUCCCACAAAUCGUCCAAAAAUUAUUCUUUCUCUGCCUGCUUCCACCCAUCGUCUUGGAUGCUGGCUACUUCCUGCCCAUCGAACCCUUACUAGAGAACCUGGGCAGAGUUCUGUUAUUUGGCUUUGUGGGUUCCAUUUGGAAUGCCCUCUUUGUUGGGGGCAUUCUUUAUGGAGUGUGUAAGAUUGGCAAAGGCAGUACAGUACUUACCAACACAGGUCUACUGCAGUGCCUGCUCUUUGGAUCCAUCACAUCAGCAGUGGAUUCUGCUGCUGUAUUUGAGAAGAUCCAAAUGAAAGAAAUCUUGCACAUCCUGCUGUUCGGCGAGUCAAUCCUGAGCGAUGCUGUAGCUGUGGUAUUGUAUCAUCUUUAUCAUGAAUUCUAUGUUACUGCCUCAGUGACAUUCCUGAAGAUCUUCCUGGGAGUCAUCGCUUUCAGUUUAGCUGGACUGGGUGUCAUCCUAGUGGGAUCUUGCUACGGCAUCCUCACUGCCUACACCACACGCUUCACCUCCAAUACGGGCAUCGUUGAGCCUCUUGUGGUUUUUUUGUAUUGCAACAUGGCCUACCUGUCAGCUGAGAUGUUCAACCUCUCUGGCAUCAUUGCGCCUAGGUGGCACUGGUGCGUCUAACAUUUUUUUCUUUGGUGCACCAGCACAAAACUUAGGUGCACCCCAAUUUUUCAACCGCAUUGCUUAAAACAUGUGUUUUACAUGUGCACUUUUUAAAAAAUUACUGUCCAUACAGA